GACGCAUUUUAGUCAAGUGGCGACAAAAUACGAAACUGAAGAAGUCCAAAGAUAUCACUGGUUAUAGAUUUGCAAACAUCUCAGUAGGUAUAUAAAGCUCUCAAAGUACUAACGAAGUACCCAAAACAUACAUCAACAACGAUUUAUCAAACAUUCCUAUAAGAGAGAAGCUUCAAUACAGUCCUACCAUCAAAUCAAGUGCAUAAAAGCAUCAGAAGAAAAAAUGCCCUCCCGUAAGACCUACAAAAAGGAUAAAACCACCGGGGCAUUGACACCACACAAGCAUGGCGAGUACGACGGAGAUGGUGACAGGAUCACCACAUAUAGAAAGAACAGCAAGGGAGACCUGGUGGUUGACAUAGAUGGGAGACUCGACGUGAAUGAGAAGGAAGUUAAGAAAUACAAAAAGUGCAAAGCCGAAAACUAUUAUCGUCGAGAUGUUCGUGGUACCUACACCGCAGAUCAAGUCGACAAGUUCCGCCAAGAGUUGAGGGAAGUCCCGAAAACAUCUGCUCUUACUGCGGAACUUGAGCAGCAGAGGGGAGAGACCCAGCGUGUAGAGGGGAGAAACGAACGUGCUGAUGCUGCACAAGCUAGACAAUCAGGAGGUCGGGGUGCAUCGUCAAGAACAUCUACAAGGGGAGACUCGGGUAGACAGCCUAUUCCAGCAUCUGGAGAUAGACCGAGGAGAGUGAGUCCGCAGGGCCGAGCUCUUACUCGAAGACAGAUCGAGGAACAGGUUCUAGAAGAAGUAGAGGCAACAGCACGCUAUCACGAACCUGGUUUAUUUCCCGAACGUGAGCCUGUUGGCUCCCAUGAUCCAUUAGACAAGCCACCGAGCUACAAAGACCACAAAAAAGACUAUAAGGAUGAGCGGUUUGCCAAUGAAACUGCAGGACCUGUCAAUCGAAAUGCCCCGCCUUACAAGGAAAACCCUCUCUCCUUUGCUGGGCCAACUGGUCUGACUCCUAAAUUAGGCAAACGGUUGCCAAAAGAUACAAACCCUCCCAUAAGUUGGGAUGGUAGACACGAUCCUAAUGCUCCUAACAGCUAUUCGAGCGGCGAGUUCAAGGGUAGGCGUGGAAACCAUUUGACUAGUAGCGAUGAAGAAAAUCCUCGUCGAUAUACUAGUGGUUCGGAUAAUGUUUUUAGAAUGUCGGAUUUAGAGAAGGACUUGCCAUCUGAAGAGGAAACCAAGCCUACGAGUCUGUCUAAGCCGAGGGCUUCUUCCAGAAACCGAAGUUCGACCAAAGCACCAGAAUCGAAACCACCCAAGAAGACCUCGGCCGAAGAAACAUCAGCCAGAAAGCUGCGUACAAAUAGACCGUUGUCGAGCGAUAGCUCAUUCGGAGACUCGGAGAAUUCACCUCCGAAUUUCUUGUCGCAAGCUAGACGCCGUGGAACUGGGGAUCAGGGUUCUAGAAGAAGAGAAACUAGCACUGAUAGAAAUGGUAAGGAGAAGGAAAAGGAAAAGGAAAAGGAAAAGAAGUCGAGUAAAGAUCCGGCAAAGUCGAGUAGUUCCAAGAAGCGUCACGGAUCAUCGGAUCCUGAUAGUCUCUAUAGAAGUUGAAAAGUUGAUGGAAGCUUUUUAGGUGUGUAGAUAUUUGGAAUGGUGAUUGGUCGUUUUUUUUUUUUUGCCUUUGGUUUUUGCUUGGGGUUUUGGGGUGCAGAUAGCACAAUGGAUAGUACAGUACACUCUAGCGCAUUUUAUACAAAUUCUAGCUAGCACCUUAGAUGGCUCCAACUUUUGUAGGAAUCAAUAGCUAGUUCUUCACUCUUUUAAUAUGCUUUUAAUCUUUUUUCUUGUGCGAAGCGGGGGAGGAGAGGGGAAAGGAACAGUGGGCAGUGAGAAUCCAUUUAGUGACUGAAUUAAAAUUGGAGACGAAAAGAAACUCA